AUGUUUAAAUAUUUAGAUACUGACUAUGCUCCAGUUAUAACAAUAUCUGAUUUGAAAAAUUCAAUGAAAGAAAAUAGUCAGCUAUCUAUUAGAAAAGAGAAAAUUCUCAAAUUAAGAAAUCACAUUGAUGAAAUAGUGGAAGAAGGAAGAUGGGAUAUGGAUGAUGUUUUUAAAAAUAAUGAUUUCUCCGAUAAUAUAACAUUUGACUGUGUUGUAUACUAUUUAGCUGGAUAUCUAGCUCGGAGGUUAAGCAAGAAAACUAAAUGCGAGUUAUGUUUGUCAGGCAUUAAAACUGAUGGUAAAGAAAUUGAUUUACCUGCAGCUCAACUCGUCAACCUGAAGACUCUUGGUUUUUUAACUCACCCGGAUAACAACUUUUACAUUUUAAUAAAACAAAUUGAAGUUUCAUUUGCUAUCCAUGCCGCAGGCGCAAAUGUUUUCGAAGAUACGGUUGAUCAUUUCUUUAAAAAUAAUUAUAUUAUUCCAUUUCCGUGUAGUGAACAUAAAGAAGACGUUGUUCAAUAUAUUUUUUCAUCAUAUGUAGUAAUGAGGAUGAGACAGUUCAGUUACCAAACAAAUAAACAAAAACAACCUAGUAAUAGAGUUAAAAAGAAAUUGUCAAAAUUGGUGUCAAAUUAA